UGGGGAGGUACCCAGCUGGCAGGUCCCCGCCUGUCAAAAUGCCCAUCCUGAAGAGUCUGGGGGUGGCAGACCCUAAGGUGCCCCGGGCGGGGACGCUGCCCCUGAGAUCUUCUCGGAACCCCUUUGAGGAAGUUCCAGGAUUGGAAGAAGAGGAGGUUGGGGAGCUGGGGACCCUGCCCAACGGAACAUCUUGUCGCCGCCGCGCCACCCUGGAGAAGCUGGCUGGCCUGGCCCCCUUCCGGUUGGGCUGGAGCCCUGGCCGGCGGGCGGGCAGCCCCGGAGACGGGCAGCCCCGCUCUUUCCUGGGCCGCAUGCUGACGCCGGGGAUACGCAGGAGCUCGGCAGAUUUUGGUCUCCUGGCCAGGCUUCAGGGGACCCGAGCCCAGGGCGACGAGGAGGCAGCUGGGGAGGCUGCCCGGAGACUGGCCUUCCUGAGACUGGGACGCGGGCCCAAGCCCCGCCGGGCGUCACUGGCCGAGAGGGUGGUGCCCGCAGGUGAGGCGGCUCCUGAGCCCCCGCCCAAGGUCCCAGAGCCCCCAAAGAUGAAGGAGCCUCUGUCAGGUGAGUUGGGAACCCCUGGCCAGACCUGGCCUCCACCUGUGACCCCACCUCCGUUCACUUCUCCAACCUCUGUCUGCCCAGCUCCAAAUGGGACACCAGUCUGCCCCCCUGGGGUCCUCAUCUCCAUCCCCAAGCCCCCCCCCCCCGCCCCGCUCCAGCUCCAGCUCCACACCCACCCCCAGUCCAUCCCACUCUCCACCAGCCGCCCCUAUUGGCUUCAACCUCACCCCCAGGGGGCCGCCGCCCGCCAGAGGCUGCCGCUGGCCGACCGCUACGCGCUGCUGCACUGGCACAACCAGGUGUACCCCAGAGAGGUCCUAGGGCUGGUGGACCUGGUAGCCCUGGAGAAUGGGGAGCUGGGACCCCUUCUGUCUCCCGGCACCCUGCGGGGCUUGGAGGAUGAAUGUGUCACAGACGUUAAGGCUCAGACGCGCGCUGCCCUGCUUCGGGUGCUGCAGGAGAAUGCGGAGUACUGGGGGAGCACGGAGGACCAGCCCAGCAGCCUGGCGCAGGAUGUGUGCGAGCUGCUGGAAGAGCAUACAGAGCGAGCACCCCGCAUCAGCCAGGAGUUUGGGGAGCGGAUGGCCCACUGUUGCCUGGGGGGGCUGGCGGAAUUCCUACAGAGCUUCCAGCAGCGGGUGGAGCGAUUCCACGAGCAUCCAGGAGUACGGGAGCUGCUACCUGACACCUACAUCAGCAGGACCAUCUCCCUCGUCAAUUGUGGGCCCCCACUGAGAGCUCUGGCAGAGCGCCUGGCCCGGGUGGGGCCCCCCGAAAGUGAGCCAGCCCGGGAAGCAGCAGCCAGUGCUCUGGACCGAGUGACCCGGCUCUGCCACCGAGUCCUGGUUGACUUGCUGUUCCAGGAGCUGCAGCCCCACUUCAAUAAGCUGAUGCGCCGGAAGUGGCUGAACAGCCCGGAGGCCCUGGAUGGCAUCGUGGGCACGCUGGGCGCUCAAGCCCUGGCCCUGCGCAGGAUGCAGGAUGAGCCCUAUCAGGCGCUGGUGGCCGAGCUGCACCGGCGGGCGCUGGUCGAGUACGUGCGGCCCCUGCUCCGCGGGCGCCUGCGCUGUCGCUCGGCGCGGACCCGCAGCCGCGUGGCCGGGAGGCUCCGGGAGGACGCGGCGCAGCUGCAGCGGCUGUUCCGGCGGCUGGAGUCCCAGGCCUCGUGGCUGGACGCCGUGGUGCCCCAUUUGGCUGAAGUCCUGCAGCUGGAAGACACGCCCAGCAUCCAGGUGGAGGUGGGGGUGCUGGUGCGGGACUACCCGGACAUCAGGCGGAAGCACGUGACGGCCCUCCUCGACAUCCGCGGCCUGCACAACACAGCCGCCCGCCAGGAGAUCCUGGCCGUGGCCCGGGACCUGGAACUAUCUGAGGGGGGAGCCCUGUCACCCCCUCGGGACCGUGCCUUCUUCUCAGACAUCUCCGUGCCCCGCCCACCUUUCUGCCUCGGCCUCCCUCUCUUCCUGGGCCGCCUUCCCCUCUCCCGGCUGGCCAGGCCUGGUUUGGCCUGUCUGCCCCGGCUUCGGCCUCUGUCUCCAUCACGGCCCCCUACCCAACGCUGAGACUCCCCCAGCCCUCCACCUCAGUGCCCCCCAUCUUUGCUGCUGACAAACCGUCCUCCUGUAUGGGCCCCCUCUUGACUCCCUGCCUGGGACCACAGACCCCCCGGGGAUGGAAAGAUCCUCAGAGGUCUUUUCGGCCAUCCUUACACCCCCGUAUAGAAGAGAAACAGGCCGGAGGGAGCAAGGACUUUCCCAAGGCCACGAAGCUCAUUCCCAGCACCAGCUCCCGGCCCAGUGUGUGGUGGGUGGCGUUUUGGAAGGCUCUACAGAAGCAUCCCAUGCCCCCCCUUUCCCCUCACCUCAAGGUCUGGCCCCAGUCCAACGUAUUAAGGAAUGUACGAUACUUAGAAUAAAGAGGUUUCUAUUUAACACAAGGAAGGGCUGAGUCCCCAGUGUGUGGGGGAGGAAGGACCGGGGGCAGGGCCCAGUGCCAAGGGCUUCUCACACGCCCCGAGGCUGGGCUGGGGUCCAACUCCUGGGCAGGGCACUGGAGGAUGAGGGAGGCCCCGCAGGCCAGAAGCAGGCAAGCCAUCCAUUUACCCUGAGGCCCCAGGCCCCGUGACUCUGGGGCAGGCCCUCGGCCGCUCUCAGCCAGGGUCCCUCAUUUUGUCAAUCCCAAAGUGCCUCUCCUUCGUUCCUGGGCCUGGCGGUUCCACCUUGGCACACCCCACCCCCCUCCAUCCAUCCUCAGCCGGGAAGCUGUGUCAAGAGAGGAAGGAGGUUGGGGGCAGGGCCGGCGGCAUCCAGGGCGCCCUCCUGGGUUGAUGCAGGAAAAUCUCAGGGUGGGAAAAAUUCCAGUCUCUCACCCCCAGUCCCGCCGGAUCCUGGUCCCCACGGAGAACUUGAGGUCACCUCCCUGCUGACCCCUGCCCCUCCGGCCUGGUUGGACAGCCUAUGAUGGAUGCUUCCUGGUGUGUGUGUGUGUGUGUGUGUGUGUUUCCCUGAGAAGUGGGAAGGAGGAGGCAGCCAGGGGUCAGCUUUGGGGCUGGGGUUGGAACCUCACCCACAUGUGAACUCAGGAAGGUGGGGACUCUUGGAGCCUCUGGGCUGUGUGACCUUGGGCAGGAAGCUGCCCCUCUCUGGGGAACGGCUUAGCCUCUCUUUGCCCGGGGCCAAGGUGAACCAUCCAGAGGAUGUACCCUCCUCACUGCCACUCCUAGGAGGACACUUCCAAUGUCACUGAGGUACAACAGAGGAGUUGAGGAAUGAACGACAGGUUGCAGUUUGUAGGCAUUUCACAAAGGAUGUGUGAACCUCAGUGUGGCAGUAUUCUUUGCAGACUUGGGUACCCCCGUUAAAAAGAGCUUUACGGAAAUAGGAUUUGCAUGCCAGACAAUUCAUCCCUUUGAAGGUCUGAUUCAGUCACCCUUGGCAUAUUCGCCGAGUUGUGCAGCCAUCACCCCAGUCAAUGUCAGAACAUUGUCAUCAUCCCCAAAAGCAACCCUGCACCCCUUAGCCGUCUAUCCCCCUCAGGCCCUGGUGACCACUGGUCUACUUUUUGCCUUUGUAGAUUCGCCGAUUUCGGACAUUUCAUAUAAAUGGGAUCAUAGUAUGUGUGUGUGUGUGUGUGUGUGUGUGUGUGUGUGUGUGUGUGUGUUAAGAACACUUACCAUGAGAG